AUGAGUUGCUGCUGUCUUGUCGUGUCCUACCAUUUGAUAGUGAAUUUGGUUAAUCGGUUCACCGAAACCGUACGGGACGCCGUACACUGUCGCUACCGGAGCGAGGUGUUAGUGGAACCGACGAGCAGCGGCUUCGUAAUGUCCACGGGGGUGAAUGACCUCACAGAUUCAGCUACCGGGAUGGGUGGACCACGGUACGUCGUGAUCAACGAUACAGUCGAGCUGGAACCAUUCUAUCACGACGUUGAUCGCCGGUAUAGCGAGCUGCUGCUUCGGAACUGUCCCGAAGGCACUUGCAUAGUCAGACCGUUCAAGCUGAAGCAUGAAAGGAUUCGUUACGUCCUGUCGAUCCGUGGCCCUGGAACCUUCUUUCAUCUAUUCAUCCGACACGCCGGCAAAAACGGAAUGUACGCGCUAGGACUGGAAAAGGAGCACGAAAGACGAUUUAAGUUCCCGGCGGACAUCGUGCGCUACUACCAGGUGCAUCUGCUCGAGUGCACGCGAGCCCAAAGGACGAUCAGGCUGCAGUUGCUGCCACUGCCCGGUUCGGAUGCGCCCGAAAAGACACCCACACGAGUACGCAAAUAA